CAAUAUGAAAGGAAGCCUUGCAUUUCACCAGGAUGUCUACAAAAAUGACUGCAGUUCUGCUGCUGCUACAGCUGAGUAGUCACUUUGGUUCUGGAAGUUGUGGAAAGGUGCUGGUGUGGGCAAUGGAAUUCAGCCAUUGGAUCAACAUGAAAGCAAUACUGGAGGAGCUCACACAGAGGGGGCAUGAGGUGACUGUUCUGAGACCUUCAGGUUCCAUUUUUGUGGGUGAUGACAAAUCAUCUGCCAUUAAAUUUGAGAGCUUUCCAACAUCAUUGUCAAAAGAAGAUGUAGAGAAUAUUUUUUCUCAAUGGGUCAGUGUGUUGGUUUAUGAGAUGCCAAAACAACCAUUUUGGAAAUAUUUUUUAACACUUGCAGAAAAUGGGAGUCAAUUUUUUGCUUACGUGCGCAAUAUAUGUAGAGAUGCAGUUUUGAACAAGAAACUUAUGGCAAAACUACAAGAAUCAAGGUUUGAUGUCAUUCUUUCAGAUGCCAUUUGUCCCUGUGGUGAGUUGCUGGCUGAAAUUCUUCAAAAACCAUUUGUGUAUACUCUCCGCUGCUCUCCUGGUUACACAAUGGAAAAGUACAGUGGAGGACUUCUCUUUCCUCCUUCCUAUGUGCCUACUGUGUUUUCAGAACUAAGUGAUCAAAUGACAUUCAUCGAGCGGGUAAAAAAUUUGCUAUACGUGAUUUAUUUUGACUUUUGGUUUGAAUCAUUUCAUGUGAAGAGAUGGAAUCAGUUUUACAGUGAGAUACUAGGACGACCCACUACACUUUCAGAGACAAUGGCAAAAGCAGAAAUCUGGCUCAUUCGCACCUACUGGGAUUUGGAAUUUCCUCGCCCAAGCCUACCAAAUGUUGAUUUUGUUGGAGGACUCCACUGCAGACCUGCCAAACCUCUGCCUAAGGAAUUGGAAGACUUUGUCCAGAGUUCAGGAGAAAAUGGCGUUGUUGUGUUUUCUCUGGGGUCAAUUGUUGGUUCCUUGACCGAAGAAAGAGCCAAUGUGAUUGCAUCAGCCCUUGCCCAGAUUCCACAAAAGGUUAUAUGGAGAUUCAAUGGCAAGAAACCAGAUACCUUAGGACCCAACACUCGACUGUAUAAAUGGAUUCCCCAAGGUGACCUCCUUGGUCAUCAGAAAACCAGAGCUUUUAUAACUCAUGGUGGAACCAAUGGCAUCUAUGAGGCCAUCUAUUAUGGAAUCCCAAUGGUUGGCAUUCCACUGUUUGCAGAUCAACUUGAUAAUAUUUCUCACAUGAAGAUCAAGGGAGCAGCUAUUAGGUUGGAUUUUAACACAAUGUCAAGUGUUGAUUUGCUUAAAGCAUUGAAUACAGUCAUCAAAGACCCAUCAUAUAAAGAUAAUGCUAUGAGAUUAUCAAGAAUUCACCAUGAUCAGCCAGUGAAGCCUCUGGACCGAGCUGUCUUCUGGAUAGAGUUUGUCAUGCGCCACAAAGGAGCUAAACACCUCCGGGUUGCUGCCCAUGACCUCUCCUGGUUCCAGUACUACUCUCUAGAUGUGGUUGGGUUCCUGCUGACCUGUGUGGCAACUGUGAUAUUCAUUGUUACUAAAUGCUGUCUGUAUUGCUGCCAGAAGCUUGCAAAAACAGGAAAGAAAAAAAAAGGGGAGUAGUUUACUCAACCUGAACCUGGGAGUCCUGAUAGAUGAACCUAUUCCAAUUUACUUCAACAAUAAGAAGUUACAAUGCUAGGCACCCUUCUGUCUGUGAGAAAGCAAAAUUUCAAAACUUACAUAAUCAAUCAGUUUCUUUUCCAGAAAUUCCUGGUUGAGGAGUAUAAAUAUUUCAGGUCAAAGAAAAAUCAAACAUUGAGGAAGAUUAAACUAUAUGAACCCGUGUAGAAAUGUAAUAAUGUAAUUUAUUAUUCAUAAGAAAAAACUUGAUGAGUUUAAUUAUGAUUAUUCAUUGAGACAAAAACAGUAAGGAUACACUCACAGUAGAAAUAUGGUUUCUCAUAUUCUCAGCCUGCUUUAACUUCAUUUUAGUGCAGAAAUUUGUAUCUUUAACUUUCUUGAAGAAAGCACUCAGUAAUUAAAAUUGUGUAAACAGUCUGACUCUACCAUCUGGGUUUGAGAGACAUUUGUUGCUGCUGUCUUUUACUAUAAAUCCAGCCUCCGCAUUGCUUCUCUCCUGAGCAUCUGGAAUAAUGUUUGCCGUCUUCCAGCUAAGUCACUUCCCAAUAGAAUGUCUGUGGAAUUACUGUACAAUUGAGCUACUGAAAAAAAAUUUUGGUUUCAUAAGCUAAUUAUUAGUUACUCUUAAUCCUUAAAAAAAAAUUGAUCUGGUUGCCCACUCUUGUAAUCAUACUUUUGAAAUAAACACUAGUCCUCAAUUUUAGGUUGUGGUAAUAUAAAACAGGAACAGGAAAGAAACUCAUUGAAUUUUCCCCUCUUCUCAAAUGGGACACCAUGUUACCUAUAUGUGUUACAGGCCUGUUGUGAAAUGUAAUAAGAUUUUGUAUAAAUAUUUUUACUGUUCUACAAUCUGUAA